ACCCCUCCUUUUUAAGCGAAUGCGGUUUCCUUCUAUUGCUCAACGUCCCUUCAUUUCUCUCAGUUCACGCUGACUUUUUAACAAUCGAAAUGGAUUAAACAAAGCGCCACAGUCGUUUUUCACAUGGCUGGGCGGUGGGGGACUAAUUUAUCUGACGGUUUCAUGAACGGAAUAGAUGUGCAUCCUUGCCGCCAAAAGAACAGUAAGUGGAGUGAAGGUGAGCAGGGACUACGAUGGAGGCAGCAUCUCACUCUUUCCUCACCACAGCUGACCAGCUGACCUGGCUGCUCCUGACUCUGUUGACAUGGUGGACCGUCGAGUGUUCAGCAGAGACAAAGCAGACGAGAUGGCCAUUAUACUCCCAGAAGCCAGUUCUUCUUGUCUGGAAUGCUCCAACGCAGGAGUGCAGGACGCGACAUGGUGUUACUUUAUCUCUAAACCAGUUUGACAUUGUGGCAACCCCCAACGAGGGCUUUGUCCGGCAGAAUCUCACAAUGUUUUAUAAGGAACGCCUUGGAUUGUAUCCCUAUUAUGAGCAUGGGGCCAACGAAGUGAAUGGAGGCCUUCCACAACUCGCCAGUCUCACUCAGCAUUAUGAAAGAAUGCCUGCAGGACUAGACAAAUACAUUCCAGACCCUAAGGCAAAAGGUUUGGCAGUCAUUGACUGGGAGGAGUGGCGACCGUUGUGGAUCCGAAACUGGGAUGCUAAAGAUAUCUAUAGAAAUAAAUCACGUGAAUUGGUGGCUAUAAAGAACCCCAAGUGGACCUCAGAUACUGUCGGGAAAGUUGCACAACAAGAAUUCGAGCUGUCGGCUCAAAAAUUCCUGCAUGGCACGCUGAAACUGGCCAAGAAUCUAAGGCCAGAUCAGCUGUGGGGGUUCUAUCUGUUUCCAGAUUGUUACAACCACAACUACAAAAGCAGCCUGGUAAACUACACGGGCCACUGUCCUGCAGUAGAGAUGGCCCGCAACGAUCAGCUCAACUGGUUGUGGAUGGAAUGUACAGCAUUUUUUCCAUCGAUAUACAUGGGUUCUGUUCUGAAAUCUACAGAUUAUGGGCGCCUGUUUGUUCGCAACAGGCUGAAGGAGGCGAUGCGCUUGGCUUCUGUUGGAGAUGGAUUAGCACGUCCUGUUUUUGUUUAUACACGACCAACUUACAACAGUGAGAUGACCCUUCUAACUGAGACCGAUUUGAUCUCCACCAUCGGUGAGAGUGUUGCAAUGGGAGCUGCAGGUGUAAUCUUCUGGGGGGACACUUCCUAUGCGAGCAACACCAGCUGCUCCACCUUAAACAAGUAUCUUGUGGGACCGCUGGGCCAGUACCUCCUCAACGUGACCACAGCAGCAGAGCAGUGCAGCCAGGCGUUGUGUAACUCCCAUGGCCGCUGUCUUCGCCAGGUCCCGGACAGCAGCACAUAUCUGCACCUCAUCCCCUCGACACACAAGAUCACCAGUCAGAGUGGCCAGCUGAAGGUGACCGGAGUGCCUGGUCAAGCCCAGCUGCUCGUUUACCACAGACAUUUCAAGUGCCAGUGCUACAGUGGUUAUAAAGGUGAAGGCUGUGAGCAGAAAGAAAAUGGGCGGAAUAAAGCCGCCUCUGUCUUAGGAACAUGUCCGCUCUGCCUUUUGCUCCCACUCGGACUUCUCCCUGUGCUACACUAAUACUAUGAAGAAGGUUGUUUACGGCUUCUGCCAGUACUGAAAGGAAAAGUUGGGUAACUUUUCCCAAAAAUCUGUGUUGCAUUGGCAGGGGGUCCCAGCUGGAAUCAUAAAGUAGUAAGAGUAACAGGAGGUUUUCUGUCAGCACACUCCUAUAAAAAUAUUCUGGUAUUACAGGCUGCUGGUUGGGGUAAACUGGAAAUAUUUUCAGCUCAACAAUACCAAAUGGUGUUUUUUGUAUUUAUUUUUAUAGUAAACAGAAAUAGAUCAUCUGAAGCCUUAGAACUGGAAAAGCAAUCUUACAUUUGAAGUAUUUUGUUAAUUACAGCAGCAGCUUCAUGCAACUUUUUUUAUUUCAGUUGAUUGAUUAAUAUUUCAAAUGUAUCAGAGCCUUAUAAAUCAAGUAAUCAAUGUAUUAUAUGAGAAGAUUAUGCAACCUUAAACUUCUAUCAUUUGCUCAUGGAAACAGCGAGGCUGGACUUCCUGUUUCGGUCCAGGUUUAUGCCUCAGCAAGGCGACAAAGUGCUCUUUUUGUUACUUUUUAAAAAUUGUUUCGUGUCGGUCCAUUUCCAAAGCAGAAUUUUUUUGUUUUGACAGUAUUCUUUGUUUCUGCUGGUUUGGUGCUAAAACUCGCCAGGCCAACGAUUUUUAUUAGUAGCAUUCAGGUAACGUUUCAAUGGAUUUAGUUUUAUUUUCAUAUGAAUUUUUUAUUUUCAGAUGUUCAUAGACAUUUUCAAUAGUCCUGAUGUAUUUUAAGUGCAGAAAUGCAAUCGAGGUACAUUUGAGGUUGAAAGUUUAGCUUCUUAACAGGUUACAGCGGAUGUAAAAUUGGCUGAUUGAAAAAUCGGUCAGGAAUCCUGUUUUAGCUGGACUCCUUUAAAGGCAGAUAUUUUGUUCACGUCACUUUGAACUGUUGUCGCCGUUUCUACAAGGUUAUAUGUGAACUAUUAUCCUCAGAUUAAUUUCUGCUCUUUAGAGUAUUUUAUGGUCACUUGUGUGUUUAGGGAUACACUAUCAGUUUUGAUUCAAGCUGCUGAGGCUAUAAAUAUAUUUUUAUAACAAAAUAGCCAGUUAGUGUUCUUUAUUCUGCACUUUAAACACAUUUCUUUUAAGGUGGAAUGUACAUGAUCACAUUUUGAAAAUUUGGAAAGGUAAAGCUAAGGCAGUUUACAAAAACCAGUUAUCCCUCUAUUACUGCACAACAUAGUGUCGUGUACGUGUUUGGAUGCGUUCCACUGUGAAUCCCGUCAUAAAGGAACAUCGUUUGUUUUUUUAUGUUUGCUGUGCCUUCCCUUCUUUUAGGUUCUCUUAUACUCUGUGCUCUCUGUUCUUCCAUGCCACUCUUAGAACUGCUUUAAUUCUGUAUUCAGUAAUUUAGCUUUUUUAAUAUUUUUGUAAACGUACUGUUGCAGUUAUUUUAAACUAUAUCCAACCAAAUGAAAUGACUUUGUGUCUUGAUAAUUACUUAUGUACUUUUUAUGUUAAUUUUAUUAAAAGCUUUUUGUUAA